GAAUGAGGACACUAAGUACCUGGUAGAAUCCGGAGCUCAUCGAGUCCAUCAUCCAGCACUUAGGAUUAAAUAUACUACAAACAUGCCAGCAUUUGUUGCCCCGGCAAAACUUUACCAGACCUCUUGGAAAACCGGAGGAAACUUGAAAGGAGACCAGAUAUAUAACUUUACAUGGAAAAUACCCGUAGAAUUGGGCUUUGGAUACUUAAUAAGGCUUCACUUCUGUGAUCUUGAUGAUGAAAUGGCACAGCGUGAGUUAAGGGAAUUCAGUCUCCUUAUAAAUAAUCAGAUAGCAGAGACAAAGGCUGAUGUGAUUAGAUGGAGUGGCGGCCAUGGGGUUCCAGUAUACAGGGAUUACAUGGUCAAAAUGAAAGGUGACCAAGGUGGUAGCAGUUGUGAUCUCUUGAUUGCCCUGCAAUCAGCUAAUGAAUUAGUUUUUGGACUCCUUAAUGGACUAGAGAUCUUCAAGUUGAGCAACCUCGACAACAGUCUAGCAAUUUCAAAUCCUGCAACUCCAAUGACAGUUUGUACCCCUUCAGGCGUGAAGAUUAGAAACAUGUUUUUAGCUUUUGGCCAUAGCAAUGUUGUCACGACUGGUAUGACACUCCUCGUUAUUUUAGUCAAUGUCCUAGUGUACCACUUGACAAGAAUUUGGGAAGCAAAAUUUUGCCUGAAAAAUGACACAGUGGCAGCCACAACUGAGCCGGCUUGUCGUUGCUUCUCACUCGCUGAGAUAGUUUUGGCAACACAAAACUUUAGCGAUGCAUUUGUUAUUGGAAGGGGGGGAUUUGGCAAAGUGUAUAAAGCUUACAUCCCUGCCAUUCAAGAAAUUGUUGCCUUGAAAAGAUUGCAUUGGAGCUCCCGACAAGGAGCUCAUGAGUUUUGGACUGAAAUUGAAACACUUUCCAAGCUCCGGCACAUUCAUCUUGUCUCUUUGAUCGGCUAUUGCAAUGAGAGCCAGGAGAUGAUCCUAGUUUAUGAGUAUAUCCCUCGUGGCACACUUGCUGAUAAUCUCUACAAAAUGAGCAGAAAGGGAAAUGAUAUUGCUCCUCUUAGUUGGGAGCAAAGGCUUAGAAUCUGCAUUGGUGCUGCUCGUGGACUGGAAUACCUCCACAAUGGCACUGAAUAUGGAGUCAUACACCGCGAUGUGAAGGAUUCAAACAUUCUGUUGGACGAGAAUUUUGUGGCAAAGAUUUCCGAUUUCGGACUGUCCAAACUUGAAAGGUUAACCCAAUCGAAGAGCUAUGUUAGCACAAAAGUUAAAGGCACUCCUGGAUUUUGUGAUCCAGACUAUAUUGCAACUCAUAGAUUGACGAGAAAGAGUGAUGUGUAUGCCUUUGGGGUUGUCUUGUUGGUAGUUUUGGCAGGGAGGCCUGCAGUGGACAAUGGAACUCCAGAAGAACAGCACAAUCUUGUAUCAUAUUUCCGUGAAUGUAUUGCAGAAGAAAACGUGGAUAGAAUUGUUGAUCCUAGUCUACAGGGGAAGUUCUCAUCAAACAGUUUAAAAGAAUUUGUGAAAUCUAUUGAAAACUGCUUGCACCACCAGCCCAAGAAAAGACCUACAAUGGCUCAAGUGUUGGCGAGUCUCGAGCAGGCAUUGCAGCAGCAGGAGAGCACUAUGAUUUCUGCUUCAAGCGCCAGAGUAGUUGGCCAGCCUUUCCGGGAAGGAACUCUCGAGUCACUGCAAGUACUUGAGGAGAGUGCCAAAUCUCCACAGACGGACGGAAUCACAAGUACAUCAGCCGAACUUCUUGGCUCACCGACUAGAGGACAAGGCUAUCCUCCAGCCCGAAAAUUGUUAUGGGGCUGGCCAUGGAAAGCAGUGCUUAAUAGAGGGAAAAAGCAAAAGGGUGAAAUGUCAUCAUCACUUGCUGAAGUGCUGCCGCUUUACAGUUACAAGGCACUGGCUAAUGCAACAGAUCAUUUUCAUUCAGGGAAUAUGAUAGGGCAAGGUGGUUGUGGCCGAGUCUACAAGGGAAUUCUAUCAAAUGGUCAGGAGAUUGCAGUGAAAAGAAUUUCAAACCAUCGUACUCUAGUACUCGGAGAGUUUAAGAAUGUAGUUGCAGUUGCUUCUAAACUGCAACAUCCAAAUAUUGUUAGACUGCUCGGAUGCUGUGCUGAAAGAGAGGAAGAAAAAAUGCUAGUUUAUGAGUACAUGCCAAAUAAAAGCCUGGAGGCCUAUUUAUUUGAUUCAAAAGAACAAGAUGUACUUGAUUGGAGCAGACGUGCAAUCAUCAUCCAAGGGAUUGGCAGAGCCCUCCUUUACCUUCACCGGGGGAACUCAGGACAGAGGAUUAUUCAUAGAGAUCUGACUGCAAGUCACGUCCUCUUAGAUAAUGGGCUGAAUCCAAAAAUAUCAAAUUUCAGCCUAGCCGCAUAUCUAGGAAGCAGUACGAUUAGAGGGACACUCCGAUAUUUGGCCCCAGAAUAUUUGGAGCAGGGAAAAUUUUCUGAAAAGACAGAUAUCUACAGCUAUGGAGUCUUGUUACUGGAGAUUGUAAGCGGAAAGAAAAAUUGGCGGCUUGUUGGCGAGGAAUGGCAUUACUUAAUAGAAUGUGCCUGGAAGCUGUGGAAUGAAAAUAAACCAAUGAAUUUGGUUGAUCCAGCAUUGCUUGUUCCACCCACUGAAACGGAGAUAUUGAGAUAUGUACAUGUUGGUUUAUUGUGUGCGCAAGUCUCUCCAGGAGAUAGGCCGAAUGUCUCUGCUGUUCUUUCAAUGCUUAAUGACUAUGAAAUUGCAGAGCUUCCUCGGCCUAAGGUUCCGUCUUAUAUUACAGCACGGGGUCUAUCCAGAAGCUCAUCUCUCCAGAAGACUACUAUUAUACCGAGUUCUGAUAAUGAUUUCAGUUUAACAGACAUCGAAGGAAGAUAGGGCCAUGAAUAAUAACUUCUGGUUUCCCAGUUGUCGAACAAAAUCUAUCAUAGAUGUUUUUAAUAUUUUCCACAUUCAAAUUAAAGCAAAAGUUAGUUGACUUCCCAUGGUA